AUGUCCAGCACUGUGCGCUCCGCGCUACCACAGUCCACUAUGGAACGGAAAGGGGAUGACUGGCACAGGACCGAAGGAGAAAGAAGACACCACAAGUCCCAGGAUGACGGGUUACAGGAGCGAGAUGCUGUAUAUUCUGGAGAAGCCCCAGAUGCGAGGCGAGGAGGAGCGGCUUCGAACUUUUGAAAACUGGCGGAGGGACACGCCAGUCACCGCGGGCAACCUGGCCAGAGCGGGAUUCUAUUUUCUGGGGACAGAAGAUAAGGUUCAGUGCUUCUGUUGCGGUGGGAUCCUGCGGUACUGGGUCCAUGGGGACAGUCCGAUCCUCGAACACAAGAGGCACUUCCCCACCUGUAGUUUCGUGCUGGGUAGGGCCGUUGGGAAUAUCCCGCUGUUUGUCGUUUCCAGGUCCCCUUCUGACUCCGUGGACGGCCAGCUGUUGAGCCAGCUCCAGAGGAUGACCGUGGACGACCAGGGAACGGCCGGGCAGGUUGUCUACCCUGAGAUGGAGUUAGAGGAAUCCCGGCUCACCACCUUCCACAACUGGCCCACGGGUGCUGCGGUCCAGCCCAAUGUUCUGGCGAGGGCAGGAUUCUUCUACACAGGCCACGGUGACAACGUAAAAUGCUUUCACUGUGACGGAGGGCUGAGGAACUGGGAACCUGGAGAUGACCCCUGGCAGGAGCAUGCCAAGUGGUUCCCACGAUGUGACUUCCUGAUCCAGACGAGAGGACGUGACUAUGUCAGUAACAUCCAGGCUACCCACUUCCACAGAGAGACUGUGGGUGGAUCACAGACACCGGUGUCUCAAGAAAUUACUUCAGAAAAUGACGUGGUGGGUGGUCUGGGCACACCCUCAGUCAUGCUGUCUCCUGUGGUCCAGACCGUACUCCAGAUGGGCUUUGAGGCUGGCCUGCUGGAGAGUCUGGUCCAGACCAAGUACCUGCUGACCGGCCAGCACUACACCUCCGUGUCUGGCCUGGUCACUGACGUACUGGCUGCUGAGGAGGAGGACAGGACCAGGGGGCUGCAGAGCAGAGUCCAGGAGCCGGUGGAGAGACAGGGUCCCAGUGCAGGAGGGGUCAGGACACAGACACCCAUCAGAGAAAAAGCAGUGGGAGACUCCACCCCUGAGGAGCUCCUGCGUCAGCUGCAGGAGGAGCGGACAUGUAAGGUGUGUAUGGACAAGCUGGUAUCCAUCGUCUUCAUUCCCUGUGGUCAUCUGGUGGUGUGUAGCGACUGUGCUGCCAGCCUGCGUCACUGCCCCAUCUGCAGAGCCACCAUCAGAGGCAGCGUCCGAGCAUUCAUGUCCUGAGAGUCACAUUCAAGUACAAGACCCUUGUGCUUUUGUUUGCCUUUGACAAAUGAAGAGAGAUUCUACAACCCCUCGGGGGCGGCUCAUCUUUCUGUAGGUGCUGUGAGAAUUUUGUGAAAAUGUCCCCUGGAUUUUAGAUGCCUGACAGAUCUGACCCAUUCUCCUAACCUCAAUAGUGUUCAGCUGUUGAUUUGCCCUGCUCAAAAUAACCUCCAAAAUCAAAAUGGCUUCUUUUUGGCUGUAGUAAAAGUUGCUCAAUAUACAUUUACAUUUAAGUCAUUUAGCAGACGCUCUUAUCCAGAGCGACUUACAUAUAUUUAUUUUGAUACAGUAAACGCAUUUCCAAUAUCAUUAUUGGUGUUUACAGAGAUCAACUGGCAGAGCAAGAGUAUCAGUCCAACUGCACAUCAGAUUACAGUUAGUUUGUACAAAUACUAAAAAUAAUCCCUAAAACAAAUUACCCAGAAUUGGUUUAUUAAAAGUACACAUCAUUUGGCCUCCCGAGUGGCGCAGCGGUCUUAGGCACUGCAUCGCAGUGCUUGAGGCGUCACUACAGACCCGGUUGCAACCCAGAGACCCAUGAGGUGGCGCACAAUUGGCCCAGCAUCGUCCGGGUUAGGGGAGUCCUUGUCCCAUCGCACUCUAGCGACUCCUGUGGCGGGCCGGGCGCCUAAACAUGCUGACACAGUUGCCGUUUGUACGGCGUUUCCCCCAACACUUUGGUGCGGCUGGCUUCCGUGUUGGGCGAGCAGUGUGUCAAGAAGCAAUGCGGAAUGGCAGGGUCGUGUUUCGAUGGACGCAUGGCUCUCGACCUUUUGCCUCUCCCGAGUCCGUACGGGAGUUGCAGCGAUGGGACAAGACUGUAACUACCAAUUGAAUACCACGAACUUGGGGAGAAAAAGUACAACAUUUGUUUAUUAACAAACUGAUAUUUACACUAUUGAACACAGCACAGGUCUGGACAAAUAUGAUUACAUAAUUGAGUCACAUGAAGAGGACUACAGAGGAUACAAAAUAAAGACAAAUACAAAUAGAAAAACAA